UCCCGCCGCCUGUCCCGUCGCUCGCCCGCCUCGCCUCCCCAUGGCCGCCUCUGUGGAUUUCAAAACCUAUGUGGAUCAAGCUUGUAGAGCUGCAGAUGAAUUUGUCAACAUUUAUUAUGAGACAAUGGAUAAAAGAAGAAGGGCUUUAACAAGACUUUAUUUGGACAAAGCAACGUUAGUUUGGAAUGGUAAUGCAGUGUCCGGGCAAGAAGAACUGAAUAAAUUUUUUGAAAUGUUGCCAUCUAGUGAAUUCCAGGUUAAUAUGUUAGACUGCCAGCCCGUUCACGAGCAAGCUACACAAGGCCAGACGACAGUCCUCGUGGUGACAAGCGGGACGGUAAAAUUUGAUGGCGACAAGCAGCGCUACUUCAAUCAGAACUUCUUGCUGACAGCACAAGCCACACCUACCAACACAGUGUGGAAGAUCGCCAGUGACUGCUUCCGCUUUCAGGACUGGGCCAGUUAGUGAGGAUUGGCUACGGGAAGUGACCUCUCUCAUUUGACGUGUUGAAGUUAGCUGUACGGACAGCCGUUCUCCACGCGUCGGAAACGCUCGCUCUUCCUGUCGCAUCUGUCAUUAUGGAAGGUCUACAGAUGUUUCAGGGUUGAUCCCAAUGACCACGGGUUUAGUAGUAAACAGUCUUAAAAUGUGAGAGGUUGCUUGUGUUAGUUGAACGUAAUAAAAUGCUGAAGGCAGUGAGCGGCAUUGGAAUCAUUCCUAAAAUGCCUUACAUGCAGCUAUGCUGCCACUUCCAGACUUCUUGUAUGGAAUGCUGAAUGUUGAAACUCUACUAUUUGAACACAAAAUCCUCUUAAUGUACAAUUAUGACCAAACGUGUAAUUUUUUCAACUUGGAAAGAUCUGUUUUUACAGUAGCAUCUUCCCUCUUUUGAAGAAGAUGCUUGUGGCACGUAGGUAGAAUUCUCAAAUCUACCGACUGUUGGUUGUAAGAGGCUAGGAAGGAUUGACAAUGAUUGCUACUGUUUGUGAAAGUAGCAAAUACAGCUCCUGAGUGUGUAAUCUCUCAAAUAAUCCAUUGGAAAAGCUAAUGUUACCUUCUCUGAUACGAAACGACUCGAUAAUCUCAUCAGUUUUCCUUUUGGCUUAAGCUUCUCGGACUUUGGUUGUACUUAAUUUACAUUGAUUCAUAUUUAGGGCAUGCUGAAUGAUUCAGAGCUCCUAUGCCAACAACUCGUCACAUGCAUCUGAAGGACUUCAAAUGGAUUGUUUUUCUUUUGAAGUCUUACAGUGUAAGAAAUAGGUCAGUUACAUCAUUUCUGUUUGCUUUAACUGUUAAUUCUGUUGCUAUGAAGUUUGGACUAUUUUUCCCAUAUUCAGUCUGCAAGUUUUGAAUCCCUAUUGUCUUUUCAGGAAACAUUGUAGUAAAAAAGUGGCACUGAAAGGGUGUAUUACUGUGAAGCCUUCAAUUUUUCUCUUCAGUACUGUUAUUCAGAAGAGGUGCUUUGAUUAUUUUCAACUUAGAAGAACAGCUCUGAACACAAAUACCAUAUCUUCCUCUCAUGCAGAUUUUUACUGUAGUUUUCAUGUUCUUUUUAAAUAUUACCUUUAAUUAUUGAUUCUGGGGUUUUCUGCGUGUUUUGCUUUGAGUUUGCAGUUUAAAGCUUUCAAGUGCUUUAAAAUAGUUUUCAAGAUUGCAGGUUAGGACUGUCCAUCUUAACUUGGGAACUUAAGUAAAUCUGAAUAUCAGCAGAUUUGUUUCAAACUGGUAUGUUUCUAUUUUAAGCUGAAUAAAAAAAAAAUAAAAAUUUAGUGUUAUAUGUGAGAGUACGCUUGCUUGUAACUGAAAAUACAUGAGGGGAACUUGUAACUCUGAUCUUGCUGCAAUGACAGCAGCAACCUGAAUACAAAAGCAGUUACGACUGCAGCUCACUUGUUUUUUAUGACUUAAAUUGGGAAAACUGUGAAAAUGAGCAAUAUCUAACUUGUGUAAAACAUCUUAAAACAUCUGUAGUUUGCGAUACAAUCCCACAAAUAAUGGAUGUUUAGGUGAAAUGGGUGGGUUUAUUUCCUUUUAAGGCGCUCUAGUCUUUACAUCAGUAAGUUAGAAUUAGUAACCUGUCUCUCUCAGAGGCUGUUUAUGUUCUGAACUAUUGUGUAACUAUUUUUCAGCCUGAAGAAUAUGAAUUCCUGCAAAACAAUGCAAGAAGUCCAGAAUUUUUGAAAACUGUAAAUACAUUGUUAUUUCUGUACGUAGUGAAGAAAGGGUCGCUGUAUUUAAUUACUGUUUGUUCUUAACAGAGUAUGCGAGGUUCGUAUAUUUGUAUUUCUUCUACAAGUUUGAAAAGAAAACCCUGAAUUUGCCUGUUACUGAUACAGCAUUGUUGAACUGUGACACUGGCGUGGUGUGCUUUUUCUGUUUUUUUAAUUUGCUGUUGAUUAUGUAAGUAGUGUUACAGAUCUGCUUUGCAUACACGAAACAGGUUUUGCCUUCCGAAAUGUAGCGAUGGGUGCAACUGUACUAUUUGUGUGUUGAACUUCAAAGGCAGUCACCAGAAUACACACUUAUAUCUGUACCUGAUAAGCUUGUCCUGGCAUUAAACACUUACUGGAUAUUUUUAUUCAAGUUUUAAUUUGUAUAGUAGUUUUUAAGCUUUUUCUAGGCAGAUUGGGAGAUUUAGAAUAUAUGAGGCAAUGUUUCAAUUGGAUGUUAUUCUUCUCAGUUAUUUUCAUGCUAUUCAAAUGCAGGCUGCUUUUAAACCUGACUUCUGCAAUUAAUAUUAAAAAACCCAGCCAAACGAAAAAAGCAACCACUACCUGGAACAUUACUUAGGAAGCUUACUGACUGGCCUAGCUGGACAAACCCAGUUUAAACUCUUACUUAGUAAGAUGGGUAGUUGGAAUUGGACUUGGUAUGCAUACAGGUGGUUUUGGAGAGAAAUUUAUUAGAACAUAAUUGCAUCAGCCCAGGGAGAGGUGGCAGUUAUGUACUGCCUAUUUCCGUCCUCUUCGGUGAGGAUCGCUUAGGGUGAUUCAAUACUACCAUGAUUGGCUGUUGCUCUUUAUAACUGAAAAUGCUGGUUUAUGAAAUAUUUUUAUGGACCAUACUAAGUGAUGAUGUAGCUAUUAGAUGAAAUCAGUGAUUUUACAACUGAGUAAUUAAUGGCACAAACAAAAAAUCUCUUCCAUACUAGCUGGAGAAGUUAGGGAUGCUGCAGCUCUGUGCUGCUUGUUAAAACUUCUGUGCUGAAAUUAGCAGAAGAGAACAUACAAAUGCUUUUUUAUUCCGUUCAGUACAAAACCAUCCGGCUGGUUUAGUGUUCCCCGUUGCUGACUCUGCUCUGAUAUCCAAAAUAUACAAUGGGCGUCUGUAAAGUGAACAUGUUUAUGCUCUAAACUGUAAACAGGAGUUAAUACUACCAUAUUUUGCUGUUUGAUACCAAGUUACUCAGGUACAACCGGUCGGUGAAACAAAGCCAGCUGAAGAGCUAAGCACUUCCACAUACUAAAUUGUGGCUACUGAAAACUUGAUAGAUCUUCUUUUUUUGUGUAUAUUCCCUUAUUGUCUUUAUCAGUCACUGUUUUUAUGUUGCUUUGUUCUUUUGGUAUACUACAGUUAAAUUGACUUUAAAUACUUGUGCUGUUUCUUGGAAUGGAGAAAAGUGGUUUGUUCUGAUGGUUUUCAUAUGCAUACGCUUCCUUAUCCUGAUCGGGGAAAAGCACAUUAUAAAGAAAUGCUGUUUUAUCACUAAAGUAACUUUCCACACUUGAAUAUAUUUUCUAAGUUUUUGAAAUUGUUUAAGACCUCUUGUAAGAUGAAUUUUAAAAAAAUAAAACCCAAAA